AUGCCGCUCCCGGAGUUCACCGGAGACAGAACAGACGUCCAGAGGUCCUGCGGUGUCCGCCUCUGCACGCCUCCCCUCAGCCCGCGUCUUCAAAUCCUUCAACUGAGACGCAGCGAAGACACAGUCGGGCCGCCCAGGGCCGGGCCUCUGCUCCCGCAGGGAGUCCAGAGGCCCCCGGCUCCCGAGACCACGGCCGCCCGCACGCUGGAAGGCCCUGAGCGCGGGUCGCCGCCCCAAACGCCUGGCGCCUUCCGCCCCCGCCUGCCGGGCCGCUCGCCGGCGGUGUCCUCUCCCCACCAGGUGGCGCUGCUGCCCGACGAGCAACCUCUUGGUCGCGAGGCGGGCCUCAAGCAGCAAACCAGGACCUCGGGAUUAGCAGCUCUGGAGGCUGAGGCCAGCGGUGCCUAUGCACGUCCCCAGCCCUGGCUGGGACCUGUCACCCAGAGGUGCCCACAGCGCGACCCCGGCCCUGGCUGGGCCGUCCGCGCCCGCCCGUGCCCGCCCGUGCAGUCAGGCACUCCUCCACGAAGCCUCACACGCAGCCACCCCCGUGCCCGCGGCUACACGCCCACCCCCGCCAAGGCGCCCGGGGCACUGUCACCAGGCCUCAGGAGCGGCAGGGACACGGACCGAGCGCCAGCCACUUGGAAAACCGCCGGCCAGUCUGGGAGGACGGCCUACGGCCCCGCCCCUGCGUGCCUGGAUGUGUCUCCCAAGGGCGCUCCUGCACGUGGAAACCGGGAGGCUGGGGCAAAAAUGCUCGCCUCGAGCCAAGGAGGAAUAGACUGCGCGCUGGGGAAGGAGGACGCGAAACGGCGCAGCGAGAGGCCAGUGACACAGAGCGGGGACCUCGCGCGGCGGAAGCAGACGCCCCGCAGACGGGCGCCACCGCGAGACGGGCGCCGCGUGAGGCCUGCCCGCCGGCUAGCGGAGCGGGCGCCUGCGGACCACCACGGGGCGCCGCGAUCGCUCCAGACCCGUGGCCCGCCCGGCGGGCACGGAGGAAGCCUGCACGAGUGGCUCCAGACCCGCACCCUGAGCGCGGGACCCCCGGAGGGGCCGGGCAAGGCUCUGCUCGCAGUGGGCACGCGGAAACACUCGCCGUCUUUGCUCUGCACUGAGGGUGGGGCGAGCACACCCAGCCCCCAGCCCUCACCCCCGCGGCUCAGCACCGGGGGCUGCUCCGGGCUGUUGGCGGCAGCGGUCCAGACCUACACCCGGUCUUCCAGAUAA